AUGCACAGACGCUUGUCUGGCUCGCCUGUCGAGGACGACGCUGAAGACUCGUCUCCGGUCUCUCGAACUCCGACGGAAUCAGCAGCACAUACCCCUAAUAAUGCCUUCGAGACGUCCGAAAAGUCGCGCUCCCAGAUAGCGAAGAGAGGCACCAGCUUCGAUCUCCGACGAGACAACGGCGCCUCAACCCCUCGUUCUAGGAACUCCAGCCUGUGGAGGACCCCGUCUGCCUCGACGACAACGACGACACCAACCAUGGCCGUCACAUCCGCCGAUACAAAACCUCCCUCCUCCUCCCUCCUCAUGCCAUUGGCCUCGCAACGACUCCCGAUGGGGGGCUCCCCUGAGAGCUUUCGGCUUCGAUCCUCCCGACUCCGCAGCCCGUGGUCCUGCUCGGUCCUGACGGCCAUCACCACUCUUGUGGCAUCGAUAUUUCUCUUUUUCAUCGUCCGCUCCUUUUCCUCUCGUCAGAUCGGCGGAGAUGGCUGUGGGAUACCCGUGAUGAGCCCAACGUUUCUUCGCAUGGUAGGCUUCGAUACGGAACACACGCGCUUCGCGAGCAAAUACAACCUCUACCUUUACCGUGAGGAGGGUGUUGAUCCGUACAAUCAGGAGAAUCUCGGGUUGAAUGGAGCCCCUGUGCUCUUCCUUCCCGGAAACGCCGGUAGCUACCGACAAGUCCGAUCCCUUGCCGCCGAAGCCUCGAGACACUAUCACGAUGUCGUCCGUCAUGAUCAAGAGCGUGUCAAAGCCGGAACUCGAAGCUUGGAUUUCUUCAUGAUCGAUUUCAACGAGGAUAUGGCCGCGUUCCAUGGUCAGACGCUCCUUGACCAGGCGGAAUACGUGAACGAGGCUGUCGCAUAUAUCCUCUCCCUUUAUCAUGAUCCGAAGCGAUCGCGACGGGAUCCCCAACUUCCGGAUCCCAGCUCGGUCAUCCUCGUCGGGCACUCCAUGGGUGGCAUCGUCGCCCGUACCGCCUUGACAAUGGCCAAUUACCAGGCUAAUUCGGUGAACACGAUCGUCACGAUGUCCGCUCCCCAUGCGAAACCGCCCGUCUCGUUUGAAUCGGAUAUUGUUCAUACCUACAAGCAGAUCAAUGACUACUGGCGGGAAGCAUACUCGCAGACUUGGGCCAACAACAACCCUCUAUGGCAUGUGACCCUCAUCUCCAUCGCAGGAGGCUCGCGCGACACCGUCGUACCAUCCGACUACGCCAGUAUUUCAUCCCUUGUCCCAGAAACGCACGGCUUCACCGUGUUCACCUCGACCAUCCCCGAUGUCUGGAUCGGGAUGGACCACCUUUCCAUUACAUGGUGUGAUCAAUUCCGCAAAACAAUCAUCAAAUCGCUUUUCGAUAUUGUCGAUGUUCGCCGUGCAAGCCAAACCAAGCCCAGGGCCGAGCGGAUGAGGAUAUUCAAAAAAUGGUACCUCACCGGGUUGGAAUCUGUCGCCGAAAGAACGCUUCCACAAAAAGAACCCAACACUCUCUUGACCUUAGAAGAUAAAGCCAACUCAAUAAUGUCCCAAGGUCAACGACUUAUCCUUCGCGAGCUGGGCCACCGCACAGGGCCCAAGGUUCAUCUCUUGCCGAUUCCGCCCCAGGGAGUCUCAGGAAAGAAGUUCACUUUCCUGACGGAUCAAAAGCUGGACAAAACUGGAGAACACGGCAACUUGGAGGUCCUCUUUUGCAGCGUCUUCCCUCUGCAGAAUGGCAAAUUCGCAUCGGUAUUCACCAUGAAUCUGGACUUUUCUGGAGGCAACACAGGCUCAACUCGCCUCGCCUGUAAGAACGCCGCUGAAGACAGUAUUCACCUUCCGGCCUCGACCCCAGCAUCAAAGGAUCCCUUCGAUCGGGUACAACCUUUCUCAUACUUACAGUACGAUCUGGAGGAUCUCGCAGAGCACCAGUUCGUUGCCGUCGUCGACAAGGCCAAUACUCCCACAACAGGCUGGGUUCUGGCCGAAUUUUCAGAUAGCUCAGACGCUGUGAUUCGGGCCCGUGGCGGCCUGGGUGGUUUGCUGAGUACGGGCUUGAAGAUGAGACUUCCUGCAAACCGUCCAAUGGUCACUGAAGUAAAGAUCCCGGCGUUGCAUUCCAGUUUGCUGGAUUAUAAGCUUCACAUCGUCCGGCACCACCACGGCAACAAACAGGAACUCUUCGCUCCUCUGCUGCGACAAUCCAUUCUCGACCCGCAUGAGUCGAAAUUCUUCGUCAAUGUGGAAAAGGUAAACGUGAACCUUCAUGGACUGGCACCCUUCAUGCCUCCACCACUCCGCGAGCAAGCAGCUCUGGGCGGCGUCUCCUUCCAACUAUGGACUGAUCCGAGCUGUGGUUCUACCGUCGACAUCUCCCUCAAGGUGGACAUCGUCGGCAGUUUGGGUGAGCUUGUGAUGCGUUAUCGCACUAUUUUUGCCGCAUUCCCCGUGCUCGUUGUCGCCCUCGUUCUCCGCAAACAAUUCCAGGUGUAUGACGAGACUGGCUAUUUCAUUACGUUCGCCGAAGGUCUGGACAGCGCGCUGCGGUCAUCCUUGCCAAUUCUUCUACUUGCCAUGUCUUUGCUGGCAUCUUCAUUCGCGACAUCCACACGACUUCCACCCAGCGAUGAUCCGUUUCGUUGGCGAGCGAAUGCCACGGAGUCUCCAAUCGAUUUCACAAGGAAUGACCUUCUCCUGGGUUCGCAGGACGCAUUCUUCUGGUUCUUAGUACCUGUCUUCGGCUUCAUCAGUGUUGGUAUCUGCGUCAUCCUCAACUACCUCGCACUUGUCCUUCUUUCAGUCAUCUCCUUCCUGUACGGAUAUCUGAAGAGCAAAUCGGGCUACAUCAAACGCAAUGAGAAGGGAACUCCGAUCUUUAGUGCUCCUACACCGAGGCGGCGGAUGAUCAAUACGGCCAUCCUCUUGGUUCUUGUAUCCACGAUCGUUCCCUACCAAUUCGCCUAUAUGGUGGCAUGUAUCGUGCAGCUUGCAACAUGUGUGCGAGCUCAAUGGCAUGCGAGAGAAACUAGAACCACCGCGCAUUACAAUUUCUCCAACUAUGCGCACUCGAUAUUCCUUCUCAUGCUUUGGAUUCUACCGAUUAAUAUUCUGGUUCUCUUAGUCUGGGCUCACAACCUUGUUGUCCACUGGUUCAUGCCAUUUUCGUCACACCAUAAUGUCUUGUCGAUAAUGCCUUUUAUCCUUCUCGUGGAGACGAUGACCAGCGGGACCAUGAUUCCGCGAGUCACCACUCGUCUAAAACAUGUCACAUCCAUGAUCCUCUUCAUCAUGGCGAUCUAUUCGGCAGUCUACGGUGUAUCAUACGCCUACCUCCUCCACCAUCUCGCUAAUUUCCUCGCCGCCUGGCUCGUGAUCAUCUACUUCUUCAGCAGCGGCUUCUCCUUCCGACGAUUAUGGCGAAUCCUCGAAGGCGACGACGUCGGACACAGUAUAUCUGAGCUCGGCGGAGGCCAUCAGAAGAAGAAGCCAUGA